AUGUCAUUGCCAUUGCUUCGCUUUCAGCGAUUUGAGAAGGUAUUGUUGUCGUCUGUUCUGCUGGGAAUGAUGGGUAACUCCAAUUCGAUGAACAAUGGAGCACCCUGGAUCACAACAGUAGGAGCUGCCACGCUUGAUCGUAGUCUCACUGCAUCAAUGACUCUAGAUAAUAACUUGACAGUUGAAGGAACAUCCUACUUCCCAGUGAGCGCUUACAUUACAGAUAAGCCCAUUGUAUUAUGGGAAAGAAAAUGUGAAGAAAGCAAACAUGCGACUUUGGGGCAUUGGAUCCUAAAGAAGUGGAUGGAAAGGGUUGUCUUAUGUGAUAACACUACGGAGUUUGAUGUUGGACAGCAAAGGAACACGUAG